CUUUCCAGGAGGAGCAAAAGAAAAGGGGGACUCCCCUGGCUGUGACGUGCGUUGCCAUGGUGACGUCCGGACAGCGUCUCGCGGAGGGAGGGGGAGGGAAUGAAGGGAUGAAAACAAACAUGGCGGAGAGGAGCAAGACGGCAGAAACGGGUCAGUUAUUCUUCUAGCAGCAGUCCCGGGCGGCGUGGGGUUGAGGGGCGGGGGGAGAGGGAGGCGAAGGCAGGAAGAGCUGGCUGGAGUCUACGGAAGCGAGCGACGGGUGGUGGAAACAGCCCUCGUUUAGGCGGCAGGGAGGUGCGGCCUUGGCGGAGGGAACCACCGAGGGAACUUGGGGCCCCGCUGAGGCUUUGGCGGCGGACGACCUUGUGGGGGGACAGGAGGAGCUGUGUGAGGAAGCCCAGCCCAGAAGGCAAGGGAAGCGUCGCCCUGCUGGAAUGCAGGGGUCGGAAGGAAGCCUGCUCAUAAAGGGGAUAUCUGAGGGGUCAGACCCCACUUUGGUGAGGCAGAAAAGGAGGCCCCCGCUAGCCUAAGCACAAACACCCAGCUGAGGAGAACGGAGGUUUAGGGCGCAGGGAGGUUGAGGGCACAUUUCACAAGGUAUGAGGUAAUGGUGGUGGGGAGUCGACGAGAGCCGGAAAACAGCCAGAAAAGCAAUUCGGGGAUCGGCUGGGAUUGCAAUCCUGUGCAGACGUACAGGGGAGCUGAGCAAACAUGUUUAGGGUUGCUCCGUCCUUCAGAAAUCGCAGCCCACUCUGGAGGAGUUUGAUUAUGUUGAACCCCAGAGGAAAGCGUUGCUGAAGGACUUGCUCCAUACAGAUGUGCAUCGGAUUGCAGUCGUUUUUAAAAGGGAUCAUGCUGACAGUUCAAAUAUGUAAGAGGAAGGAGGUACUGAGAGAUUAAGGUUUGCCCUCUGAAGGUAACGUACUGAUGUAUAAAUUUAUGAAAAUCCUACUGAUGGGGAUUAAGUUGCUUGCUAUCAAGUAGGGUGUGAAGUUGCAAACUUUUAUAGCGUCAGACUAGGGCAUUUUGAAUGAGAGAAAGACAUCUUGCUCUGUUGGGUGCUGCAUAUAAAUAUGCAAAGAGGUGUGAAAAUUAGUAAAAGCAUGAGAGGGAGGAGAGCUGUUCACACAACUUUGUAAAUCUCAUAUUUAGCAUCAGAUCUAUUUUGCACCAUCUUCACACUUUGGGAGCAGUGCCUAAUCAUACCUAUGCUGCCAUGAAUAAAAUACAUUUUGACCCUCCUGAAUUCUAGUUUUUCUCGAAGCCCCACGUAUUUCACUAAUUUAGUACAGUUUACAUUUCUAGAUGUAUAUUAGAAUGUCAAACUGGCAGACACCACAAUCCUUGACAUGUCUAUUUAGAAAUACCGGUAAGUCCUGCUUUGUUCAAAGGUUAAUGUCUGCAGGACUGCACCCUAAAGAGCUUUGUUCAGAUCUUACAUCACUGUACAUAAAAUGGAUUUUCAUUUUUUGUAAAAAAAAAAAUCUGAAGCAAGGGAGGUGAGUUGGGCCCUUAAAAAUGAUAUCGACAUGUGCAGUAAAUGUAGAGAGAGUCCCAUAUUUCAAGGGGAUCUAAUCUAUUUUACCAAGAUAACACUUCUUUUGUGGGGCUAUUGCAUUUUCCUUGCAAAAAAUAUUGUGUUUUGUGUGCUGGAAUUAUAGAGGUUUUCCCCCAAUACCAUGUAAAUUGUGAAAGCUGUAUAUAGAAUGCAGUUGUAUGAGUGUCACUGGGACCUCUUUGACUGUGUCUAGGCCAUUAUUGUAGUGCAGUUUCCCCAUUCAUUGCUAUUAUGUGCUUUUAAAUAAUUUCCUUCUCAUUCUACUGAGGUAAACAUUGCCCUACAGUGCCAAUUAAGCAUAGCAGUGUUAACAUGACACUUUGGCACUUUUUGUAGUUGCUAUAUAUCAGGGCUAUUCUCCUUCACAUUUGGAGGAAUGUCUUAGAAUUUCAUUAACUUGAAGUGGGGGUAGAACUUUAGUUAUCUGCAGUUUCUUUGGAUUUUUUUAAAAAAAAUAAAGCGGAGAACACAGUCUACCUGCAGUGAGGUCAUACUCCACCUCAGUUAUACAGGGAUGAGUUUCAUGAUGCUGUCUUUUAAAAGAGACUUGUGGGAGUAUACUGCUUGAAGCCUGCUUUUGGUAGCAGCUCACUUUCUUUUAUCAUAUGGAAGAAGAUUGACAUUUUGCUUGUGGAAUCAAGACUUUCAUUUAUUUAUCUGAAGCAUUUUUAACCUGCUCUUCAGCCAAAAAAGGUUCCCAGAGAGACUUACAAAGAUCAGUAAUAAGACAGUCCCUGCACUCAGGCUUAUCAUCUUAAUUACAUGACACAAAAGGAAAUGUGUCUGGAAGGGAGGAGGAAAAAAGCAAAGUCAAGCAGAAGGUUUUGUAAGGACCACUUGAAAUGGAGAUAAUGUGAGGAGCGGGAAACAUAGUUUCUGGUACCUCAGAGCAGAGCUAAUGGAGUGAACCUUUUCAUUUCUUUUGCAUCAUGGUGAAAUGUCUGCUGCUAGAUGACAAUUGAUAGAAAUAGGAGCUGGCUUGUCAGCAGAGAAGAUGGUGGUGUGCUUUCUCUCCUCUCCAUCUCUGCUGCAGCCUUUAUAGCAAGAAUAGUGAAUCUAUGACUCUAGAUGUGGUUGCACAUCAACUCUCAUCAGCACCAGCCAGCAUAGCUAAUGGUCAAGGGUGGUGGGAGUUGUAAUCCAACAACAUUGGGGAGCCAUAGGUUCUCCAUCAUUUCAGGAAGAUCUAAAGAAGAUCUUCUUGGUUUGAUACCUUGCUGGGGAAGUUACCUUCUUUGUGUAUUACUACUCUCAGUGUCUGCUAGCUGUACUCUCCUGGACACCAUGUCUCCUUAUGUGAAAUUGUACUUUGUUACCUUCCUUAGAUUUUGUGUCCAUGUGUUUUAUAGUAUCCAUGCAUCACACAGAAACACAGUACUAGCUGGUAUCUGUAUUGGAAAUUGAUUUUAAGUAUAUGUUGUUUUUAUUUUAAACUAGAUAGAUAGAUAAAUAGACAGACAGACACACAAUUGUUUUUAACUAUUUAUAUAUAUGUAUCUGUUUUAAAUAUUUAAAUAUUUAUUAUAGUGUAAAUUUCUUUGAAAUACCACAUAGGAAGCAUAUAAGGAAAUAAAUAACAAUAAAAUGAUAGCCAGAACUAGGAUUUUGGAAACUACUAGUGUAAACAGCACAGUGUGCAGGGAUUAUAGACUGGUCAGAAGAAGGGACAAAGUCUGGAUUGUUGCCUAUAGGGACUGACAUUCUUAUUUAUCCCUCUCUCACUCAAAACAAAAAAGGCCUCUUGUGAGGCCAGUAACAGUCUGGGGAUCUAAUUUUCACCAAGUAAGUAACUUUUUAAACCAGCUGAUUUUUGUAGUUGCAAUAGGGGUAGUAACAACCAUAAGAAAUGUGGAUUUCAAAGUAACUGACAUCUGUCCUCUUGUCUGGCUAUCAUUUGGGAUACUUUCCAAACCUGUUGGAACUUUUCAAGCCACACAUUUACCCUCCCUUAUCUUAAUGUUUCAUUGUUCCUUUGAAGUGGUAAACUCUGCUGGCUAGAUUGUUUUGUUGUAUAAAAACAACAGCAAAGAGUCUUGUGGCACAUUAAGGACUAACAAAUUUAUUAAGGCAUAAACUUUUAUGGGCUGAAGUACACUUCAUCAGCUGCAUCAAAUGUUAUCUUUAGUUGGUAGGUUCUGUCCACAUGGGUGUAGAAAAAAGUAACAAAACUUGUACCACCAUCUUCAAAUGACAUAAUAUAAAUUAUUGAAUUUAGCUAUUCAACAGUGGGAUCCUAAACUGGAGGGAAAGGAUUUUAUACUACCUGAAGAUUCUAUUUUAUUCUCAGAGGAACAUUUUCUCCAAUUUCUAGAUAAAGCUACUGAAUUCAGUUUUCUUUUGUGUAUGUGUUGUUGCACGCCAGCCACCCCAAUUGCUGAGUGGUGCAAGAUUCCAGGGGUUCUCGGCCCUUACCCUAGGUUUGUGUUUCCUUUUGGAAAUGAGGCACAGCAGAGACCAUGGGUCUUUAUGAUACAUGGUUUAUUACACCCUAAGCCUGUGAUGGAGGUGUUCACAGCAUUAACACCCCAAAUGGGUCUUAUUUCUUCCUUAGUCACAGCGUGGCUCGCUCUCUGUGCUUGCUGCUUUGCUUCUGGCCCACAUCACUGCAAACGCAGCUCUAAACUCUGCCUUUUGUCCUUCUCACUAACUUCAGGCUGGGGGAGCAGCCCCACGGAGCUCCAUUUCUUUGUUUCCCUUGUUGGCCCAUCCCCCAGGCAGUCACCUCAUGAGGAAGCUAACCUGGUUUGUAUUUUAACACUUGCUGGAUCCAGGGGUUCAGGAAGCUAGCCUAACCUGAUUAGCUUUUAACACUUGCUGGGUCCAAGGAUUAGAGGGGCCUGGCACAUAGGCAUAGGAUUUUUGUUAGGAUUUUUUUUUAAAAAAAAAAUCACGGGUAAAGAUACCACCAAAUCGGUGACAUUAAGAGGGGCACGUUUGGGUUGGGAGGCUGGCUUCUGCUGGGGUGUGUGUGUAGAACCUCAGUUAACUGAGUACUUUCAAUGCUUUUCAAUAAUUUUUGUGGCUCGGGGGAGGGGGAAGCUGCCCCGCUGCCCUCCCUUGGUUAUGCCCAUCAUCUGGCACCCACAAACCCACAUCAACCCCUUUGUAUAUUUACCUGCCAACUGAGAACAGCAUUACAUGCAUCUGAUAAAGUGGGCUCUGAUCCACAAAAGUAUAUCCCGUAAUAUGUAGUCUUUAAUGUGAACUAACAAAAUUGUUGUUGUGGCUACACUAAUGCAGUUAGCCUUCUGGAAGUAAUGUUAUAAAGGAAUCUAAACUGGAUAAUGCUUUGUACCUACUGUUAACAUAUUAAGGUUGAGAUCAUAUUCAUUGUACAUGAGAGUAAGUUAAAUUGACCUCUGGGAUUUACUUCUGCUUGUAUUGUUAUCAUUUGCUGAUCCUAAACAACAUCUUAAAUUAGCUUAGGGCAAAUACUAAAUUCCUCCUUCCCUUGAAUCCCUUCUCUUGAAGAUAUGACUAUGGAAAAGGGAAAUGAACCUUCUUGCUGCUGGAAAGCAGACCUUUACAGAUUACUCAAAGGGAAUACAGUGGUACCUCGGGAACUUAAUUCGUUCUGGAGGUCCGUUCUUAACCUGAAACUGUUCUUAACCUGAGGUACCACUUUAGCUAAUGGGGCCUCCCACUGCUGCCGCACCACCACCGCGCAAUUUCUGUUCUCAUCCUGAAGCAAAGUUCUUAACCCAAGGUACUAUUUCUGGGUUAGCGGAGUCUGUAACCUGAAGCAUCUGUAACCUGAAGCGUCUGUAACCCGAGGUACCACUGUAUGGUCCUUUACAGAAAAAAGAUCUCCCACCCUUGAGUUAGAUGUGGGAUGAUUCAUAAGUCCUGCCCAGAGAAAAUAACCUCUUCAACCAUCUUUCCAUUGGUGCUAGGUCUUUACCUCUGAGGCACAAUCUGGAGGGAUAGUGUUGGGUCAGACCCUGUAAAAAAUAUGAAGGGUUAACUUACUCAGAGGAACAGUUAUGUACAACAACUGGCCCUUGAAACAGUUUCAUUCAUAUUGCUAAAGAACACAGUGUUUCAAGCUCUGUUCCUGAAUACCAUGCAGACUUAAGCACUUCUCAGUGUUUUCAGUAAAGUACAUUUUAGGAUAAUUUGCCCUGUCUUUUUGCUAUUUUAAACCACUUUUCUUUUCCAAAGAUUAAGGAAAAGACUGGCGAUUGCAGACUUUGGCAAGAGUAAUAGUUUAGCAAUAGCAGUUCUUUCUGAUUUAGUCCUAUUAAAGUCUACUUUGCUGUACACUCUCUGCAGAAGGAAAUGUUACAUUCUUUGUCAGAUUAGACUACUGUAGUUUGGAUCUUUCUUUUACAGAAAAGUGUAGUGAUGUUAUAAUAAGUAUGAGCUAGAUAAAAUAAAACACAAAUGACCAAUUUCUCAAGUGAUUUCAUUAAAGAGGUGCUAGGUUUGUUGCAAAGAAACCAUGCAUUAUAUUUACCUAACUAACUUGGUUAAACAAAAACUAACAGAUAUCAAAGUCUUUCCAAAUUCUAAUUUGAAGAGGAUAUAAAAGUAAUCAGUCUCAGAAGUAUUGAAAGUAAUUGUGCUACACUCUUGCUUUUACUGAUGUUGAAAAAUAAUUUUUGGUAGAGCAAUUGAUGUUGGCAUCUGUGCAUCAGGUUUGGUAUUUUGAGAGCAAGCAAGUAGGAAAAUCACCACAGUUUUCUUAAAGGAAAUACUGUGCUUUCCAUAGAUAUGAACUCCCAGAUAAUUUGCCUGGGUUUAGGGAUGCUUUCAGAAUUGUCUUCAUUUGGAGUUAGUUGUGCUAGCAAAGUGGAGCUAAUGCAUUAGAAAUCCUGCUCUGUUUUGUUUGUUUCUAUUUUAUUUUUUAUUUUUUUACAAACAACUGCUAUGCAUGCACUGUUUGCUGCAGCUUUCAGUUCCUUCAUGUUUUAUUACUGCUGUGCACACAUGAAUUGAUAAAAUAUUGUGUGAUUGUGUAUAUGAUUAAACCAAGAUUCUAUUUGUAUAGUGUUUUACCUAUGCACAUGUGCACAAGGAGCAUUUGUGAAACAUUAGAGGAAUGAAUUAGGUAAUCCACUAAUUUCUAACCAAAAGCGUAUGUGUUCAUUUUAAAUUAAAAGUUGAUUUCCCCACAUAAUUGAAUAUAAAUGUAACUAUAUAUUUACACGACAAAAGCAGUGUGUCAAAUUAACCCAAUAUAUGUUUUUCUGAAAUCAACAUUCCCAGUUAGGACUCUGAAUCAUUUGAGAAUGUGAGUUCUUGAUUACAAAGGGAGAAGAAAAUAGUUAAUGUAAGUAAGUAGAGGGCUGCAUGCUGCAGCCAUAUGUUGGCUGACCAGCAGAUGGAAAAAGAGGUCUCCCAUGGCUGUACUUAUUUGACCAUGAUUGGAAUUUUAGCAAUUUUAUGCAGUGAUAUGGAUGAACCCUAUGUGUAUUAUUCCAUGAUCAGUUCAUUUGGUUAGAACAAAAUUCAUAGGAUUCCAGCAUAGGGGUGCACAAAUGCUUGGAUCCAUUCCCUAUUACAGAACACUAGCCACCAUUAACAGUCCACUGAAGUUACUGUGCAUGGCAGCUGUGAAUUUUAAAGCCCAUUGUAGGAGCUCUGUUUUAAUGUUUGUGUACCACCUUAUCUAGUGCACAAUUCACUGGUUGAAUUUGCUGGCCAUCUGAUCUGGGAGAUGGUGAUCAGGUUACCACAGUGUCUUGCUGUGGAAAAUGUUUAUAAUAUAUGAUGAGACUGUCUCUUUAGGGAAAGCUCUGAACUUCAUGCUCUGCAGUGCAACUGUGGGUCUAUUCUAAAUAAUAAUUAGCCUCACACAUGUUGAUGGGGUCCUAUGCAAAAGACAUUAUCUAAUAAGGCCUUGUUUCUAGACCACCUGUUAUUGGGGGGUGUUGAGGCAAGGUAAUUGCCAUUGCCAGAUCAUUAGCUCCUGAAAUCUCAUUGCUACUGGGAAAUGCUGUUUAUCAGAUACUAUUAUAGAAUAUACUUGGAAAACAUCAUAGCAUAUGAGUGAAUAUUAUGUUUCAUCACCUGUACAAACUAUUAAAACUGCAAAGGAAGAUAAUCUCUGUGUUCUAUUUUGGUAUCAAGUUUACAAUAAUACCUAAUUAACUUAUUUUUAUUCCAACAGGUAGUGACAUAGGAAUAGAUGAAAUUAUCACAGGAAACUUAAACAAAUUCACUGCUGUUCCACCAGGGUAUUUUGGACAACCGAAAAAGGGACAUCUCAUAUUUGAUGCCUGCUUUGAGAGCGGUAAGUAUAAUGUUGUUUAUAAAACAAUAAGAUGUUGCAGACAUCUAUGAACUUGCCAGCUUAGAACACAAAACGUUUAUAAACAGUGAUAACCAAGAAUUGCAUACUUGGUGAAUUGAUUUCAAUUAGUCUAUUGUUUUGGAUGUUGCCAAUGUAUACAUCAUGUGUUGAAUGUUGCUUCAACAUGCAUAGACAGACUUGUACUACUGUGGACAUAAUCUAGAGAUAUGGAACACUGAUUAAUUAUUCUGGCCACUGUCAUCAUCAUUUCAUUUCUGUUAUACUUUUCUCUAUAUGUUACUCUUAGACCAUGACAAAACUUCAAGAGAAUAAAUACAUCAGCAAUGCAUUGCUAUCCUUCAUACCUCCAUGUAUAUACAAUUUAAAACAGUUUCAUAAUCAGAAAUAAUACAAUAACCUCAAAAUAAUUCUUUCAUAAUUCAUUACUAACAGGAAGAAAGUGAGAUGCCAUGUCACCCAGCAGGUUGUAGCAGCAGAGUAAAUCUUUUUAAAGACCCACAGAAAAGGAUGGGUCAAUCCUUAGUCCUAGAUGUUUGCAAGAACAAGAUAAAAUUGGUUUUGUCUAGAAUGGUUUUAUCCAGUCUUUUCUAUAUAAAUAUUCACAGGACAAGGAACAUUGUUCAUGCUUUGUAAACAGAAAGUCCUAGGUUCAGUCCUUUAUAUUGUUGGUUUAAAAAAUCAGAGGUGAACUCUCUUUCCAGUUGCAGUAUUCAUUAGUGGUCUAGAAUGACAAGUAUAGUAUAGGACAGAUUUCUAUGUCCACAGGGAGUAGUGUAGUUGACUGUUCUUCAGCUCUCUAGGUGUUAUUUUGCAAGGUGUUUUCCAUUUUGACUUCAGUUGACAUCUUUGUGAGAUAUAUGACUAAAAUGUUUUGCAACUCUGAACACUUAUUAGUGUUUUACUUGUGAGGUAGAGGUUUCAUGAAAUUAUUUUUCUGACAUUUAGUUUAUUUCUUCCAGAAAACUCUUGCAGCUUCUAAAGUGGAAUGUUGUCUCUUUGCCCUAUUUGAACAUAAUGGAUUGGGGGUCAUAAAUAAGUAUUGGUUAGGUCAUAAGUUUUAGUUUUGAUACUUCUGCUCAGAACAGAGUGCUUUCAAAAUACUCCGUAAUGAUGUUGAAAAUAGUUGGCCUUUGUAAAGGUUCAUUUUUUUCCAGCUUGUUAACUUUAAAAUGGUAAGUAACCUUCAAUCAUCUUCUAACUUGUAUUUAUCCAUUUUAUCUAUAUAAUAGUAAAGUGAUAAACAAUGUUGCACGUUUAAACUAGUUAAUAUAGCUAGGUGCUGUUAUAAUCUCUAGAAUAUGACCUAUCUUUUGUUGGGCAGUACCCAUGACAAAGUUAGCUAGCUAUAUUUUUGUUUUGAAAGCAAUUAUAAUAGAAGCAAAGAAUCUGAGGGACCAACAACAGCAACUAAAUGUUCAAAGUGCACCCUUUCCUCACCCAUUGUGGGCAACAAAAAUGUUAUCCACUCCCCUUUUUGUACUUGCUCUAGAUAUCAUUUGGUUCCUAUCCUUUUUGAGAAGUAGCAUUCUGUUACAUGUGUUUGCAUGCAAUUUUUAGUCAGUAUUAGAACUGUGGAUUCUAGAAUUGUGGGGUGUCUCUUGUUCAUAGCCUUGAACUCAAUAGGUGUCUCUAGACAAUCUCAAGCACAGCCUACCCACCCAGCAUAUGCAGAAUUCUUGCAGCUGUUUGACGAGCAUUUAUAUAAAUUACCCUGAGCACUCAGAAAUACUGUAUAAACAUCAAAUGUUGUUUGAAAUUUUAAUGCAGGCACUACCCUCCAUAUCUUAGUGGGCAACACUUGAAAAAUAGUUUUGGACAAAAUUGGUUAUUUAGGUUUGAAUAACUGCAUAGACUUUUCUAUGCAUAUAUUCACACAUACACACAUGAAAAACAAGCUUAUUGUGGGUAGCAUCACAUCAUUUUGACUGAGUGUGUCCUAACAAUAAUCAUUUUUAGCUUAAAAUGUUACAUCAAUGCCGUUAAUAGAUAUCCUUAUAGUAGUAUGUUGAAGAUAUUGUUAUGAUGGUUCACAAAUAUUGCAACCGCUACUCAAGGAAAUUGUUUUAUAACUAUUUUUUUGUAGCAACUCAUCCUGUUUCCAGAUGCCUGAUGUUUUAUUAUUUCAGUGUAAGAUAGAACUUACACUGUUAUUAUAUAAUCUCACUUUGUGUGUAUCACAGAAUCAUAGAAUUGUAGAGUUGGAAGCAAUCCUGAGGGCCAUCUAGUCCAACCUCCUGCAAUGCAGGAAUCUUAACUAAAGUAUCCAUGGCAGAUGGACAUCCGACCAUCUGCUUAAAAACCUUCAAUGAAGGAGAUUCUACCAUCUUCUGUGGGUGUCCAUUCCACAGUCAAACAGCAGGAUAGGAUGUGGAGGAUAUAGAUCUAAACUAGGUAUUUGUCAUAGCCUGUUUCAAUAAAAUUUGAGACCAAUGAAAUUUAAAGGAGAUUCCAACUAAACAUUAGGAAAAACUUUCUGACAGUAAGAGCUGUUCAAGAGUGGAAUGGGCUACCUCAGAAGGUGACCUAAGCUGGAAGCCACAGAUACAGUAUUUACUAAACAAAGGGAAAACAAUACUUUAUACUCUACUCCAAUUUUUUGCGGCCGACGGAGCCUCCCACAUCCCUUCUGCAUUGAAGGUGUACCAUGCAAAAGUGGUUUCCACCCUCUGUUAUGCUGCCCAGCUCUGGGCCCCAGGGUCCAAGUUACCAUCGUUGGGGACAUUGCAGAAUCAGUUUCUCCAUCGCCUCCUGAAACUCCCCAUGUGUGUGAGCAACGCAGCCAUACGUCUGGAGUUAAGGAUUGCAUCAUUGGAGACGGUCAUCUGGAGGCGCGUCUUUGGUUCUUGGCUGUCCAGCUGGCACAGGCUUCCCAACCAUUACCUUUUUCAGUGCCUCUGGCGGGACGACUUUGUCAAUCCAUGGGUAGGAAAAAUCCAUGUCAAACUUCUGAGCAUCGGAAUUUCCCCAGCGGACUCCUUAAAGAUGAACUUACGCUCAGCCAAAAGACUUAUUGAGCAGAGAUUAGCAGACAUUGAAAAUCAACACAACCUCGCCGGGGGUGAGGGUGUCUGCUCCCCAGGUAUCACGGAAUAACCUCACCACUUGGCCUUCCAUCAUACAUGUCAUCUCUUUCAUCUGUACCGCACCGACAUGCAUUUAUUCGUGCAAGGUUCAAUGUCUUUCCAUCGAACCUGCUGAGCCACAGAUUUUCCAAGGGUUUGGUGUCUCCGCUAUGCGUGUGUGACGGGAAAACUGUUGAUUCUCUCUCACAUAUAAUGUUCAACUGUCCCCUACAUAGCAUAGCCAGGACUAAAUUCCUGGGCCCUGCUUUACUACGCUUGGUUGGCAGGCCUGCUGAGUCACAUGCCGCACUACUUUUGCAGGAUACAGAUCCUUCUGUAACUCUGCAGGUGGCGAGAUUCCUGAAUGCAGUUAUCUCACACACAAAACCACCAAAAACAACAACAUCAAAAACUAAUCGGACAGUUUGAAGAGAGUGCAUGUCGGAUCCCGUCUUCAGUUCUCCUUUUCUGGGAUCCGUCCCUUGGAGCUCUCCGGGCCCCACCCCUGCAUCAUGGUGUUCACCUUCUGGUGCCGAAUAUAUUAGUCUUUAUGCCUCUGUGCUUUUAUGUUUGUACAUACUUUAUGGGCUAAUAGCCGUAAAUAAAUAAAUAAAUAAAUAAAAUUUCCUCAGAAGGUGGUGGACACUCCUGUGUUGGAGGUUUCAAAACAGAGUUUGGAUGGUCAUUUGCCAGAGAUCUUUAUCUUUGAUUCCUGCAUUUCAGGGGGUUGGAUUAUAUGACCUUUGGGGUUCCUAAGUAAUUCUCUAAGUGAAAACUGUGGCUCAUGUAAGCACCAUGAAGAAACACACGUUUUGCAUCACGAAAUCCAUAACACACUUCACUUGAAAAUACAUACAAUCACAGAAAUAAAUGUGCAUGUGCAGUUAUUGUUAUUUUAUUUGGAUAAUUUAUAUUCUACUUAUAGUUAAACUCUUAAGUGGUUUGCAUGUAUAUUGAUGGUGAAUAUUCCAAUAAAUAUAGCAGUGUUUAUUUUGAAUUGUUCAUGUUCAUUUGGACUGUGUAAUAUAUUUGUGCCUAUGUAUAGCAUAAUAGAUACAGUGGAAGCUAAUUAAAAAACUGGAAAUGGGGAAGGAAAUGUAAAGAUUGGUUGUGACUCAGUCUUCAUUUAAUUUUAGUAACUACCUGAAAGAUGAUAAUAUGCUAUUAAAAUCACUGCUCAUAAGUAUUUUAUGAGACAUAUUCUGGCAACACUUGUGUAGGAAUAAAAAGGGGGAAGAAUAAUGCUUUUAUUUUAAAAUUCCUAGAUAAUGAAAACAUUUGUUCAGGAAAUGAUUUUUGAAAAAAUUGAAUACUUUAUAACCUUUUUGAUAUGUUAAACCAUUUUCUGUUCUCUUGAAAUUGCUAUUUGUAUCACCACAAUCAGACCAGAGCACUGAAUUUAUUUACUCAUUUAUAUUUUUUUAUAAUAAAAGCAUUGGACCUUUCCCUCCCCCUAACCGUCCCCAUAGGGACAUUUGAAGGGCUAUCUUUCCAUGAGAGCAGGGGCAGGGGAGAAGAAGCAAUGUGACAGCUUUUUCUUAACAUGCAAGAAUUAUGCAUGCUAUGGUUAUGUUCUGCUUGGACUACUGCAAUGCACUCUGUGGGGCUUUCUUUGAGGGUGACUCAGAAACUACAACUAAUACAGAAUGAGACUGCCAGACUGGUGACUGGGAGUGGCCUCCAGGACCAUAAAACACGGGUCCUAAAAGAUCUUCAUUGGCUCCCAAUACGUUUCAGAGCACAGUUCAGUGUUCAUGCUGACCUUUAAAGCCCUAACAGGUAAUACCCGUCCCACAUAAUUGAUCGCAUGAUGUGGCACAUGCGCAUCAUUCAAAUGGCAGUGCCCAUGAACUGGGGGGUGGGGGUGGCCCCCUCAAAUAUAUUAUUGUGAGGGCUGAAGGGACCUUGUCCCCUAGGAGUUGGCUGCUGUGCCUGAAGUAGAGCUUCACUCCCAUUGUCAAGUCUGCACAUAGAGAUCUAGCUCUAAGGACCUUCUGGUGGUUCCCUCACUGUGGGAAUUGGAGUUACAGGGAACCAGGCAGAGGGCCUUCUUGGUAGUGGCGCCAACCCUGUGGAACGCUGUCCCAUCAGUUGUCAAACAGAUUAAAAAAAACUUCACAACUUUCUGAAGACAUCUGAAGGCAGCCUUUUAUCAGGAAAUUUUAAAUGUUUGAUGUUUCACUGUGUUUUUAUAUUAUGUUGGAAACUGUUCAGAGUGUUGGGGCAACCCAGACAGAUGGGUGGGGAAUAAGCAAUAAAAUAAUAAUAAUAAUAAUAAUAAUAAUAAUUCAAUUGUGGGUGAUUCUUUUUUUAAAAUGAUGCUGGUUGUUGUAAUAAUUUUAUGUAAACCAUUUUGUGAUGUCUACCUGAAAAGUGCAAUAGGAAUUCUUCAAGUAAUGAAUAAUAGAAAAGCAUACAAAACCAUUAAAAGGCUGUACAUAACAAUCAUUAAAAUGUCUAGCUACUAAGUAAAUUUUAAAAAGCCACUUAGACCUAUCAACAUAAAAAGUUUUUAAGAGAUGUUCAAAAGUCAAAAGUGAGUAAUUGGGACCCAUUGCAUGACUUAGCUGUCUGCAGUCUACAGAUACAUUUUGGGCAGGUUUCAUGAAAUAAACAAUGGUCCAUAUUUUCUAUUUCUUUAAAUUAUAUUGGUUAGAGAACCUAUUUAGGAAGAUUUGUUGCUGCAAAAUCAGCAAUUUUACUCUAUUUCAAGAUGAACAUGCUCUGUAAUGAGACUCAGAGGGAAAUAAUUUAUUAACAUCUUUCCUGAUAAGCUCAAAAUUCAUUUGAAUACAAAAUGUUACCUUUGAAGCAUAAUAUUCCACUGGUUAAGCACAUAAAAUUCCUCUGAUUAGGCACAUAACUCUUCACGUUUGCCUUUAUUGAUUCUGUUCAGUGGUCUAAUUGCAUUCUAGGUUUAGCCUUUACCAUGCUAAUUUUGAUUUAGGGUUUGUAUUUCUUAAAAACAAACUGGGUGCACACCAUCUAUUAUAGCUGCAUGGUCUUGCUAAAGCUAGUGGGAACUUUGGGAUCAACUAUAAUGACACAAAGUGGAGGUAAAUUACUACAAUAUAUAAAGGUUUUUUUUUAUAUGGUAGCAUUUUGCAACAGAUUAAUAGUCUGAAUUGCACCUAGGAAGAAUUAUUUGUUUUCUGUGGUGUCUGGUGUAAUUGGACUUUUGACAUCACAAACACUGUGUAUUUUAAAGAAUUGUUUUUAGUGUGAAUGUAUUUACUUGGUAGUCAAUCCACCAUUCCUGCUCCCUGGAAGUACAGUUGGAAGCUUGUUCAUGUUGAAGGUAUUUUGUGUCCAAAUUAAACAUUAUUAUCACGCUUGUUCAUAGACCAAAAGGUAAUUUGUGUCAUGUCCAUUUCAUUGUUGUGGUUUCAUCUGCUAUUGCACCAUCAAGAACAUUCUUUUUCUCUUCUUCAGUGCAAGUGUCAUUCCAUACUCUCCAACAUUUCUCCGAUGAAAAUAGGGACAUCCUAUUGACCUGGAAGCUGUACGCCGGCUCCCUCGGCCAGUAAAGCGAGAUGAGCACCGCAACCCCAGAGUUGGCCACGACUGGACCUAAUGGUCAGGGGUCCCUUUACCUUUAUUCAAUAAUGAUGAUGGUGAUGACAAUAUUUAUACCCUGCCCUUCUGACGGGGUUGCCCUAGCCACUCUGGGUGGCUUUCAACGCAUAUAAAAACAUAAUAAAACAUUAAACAUACCUCAGGUAUCUUCUAAAAGUUGUAUAGUUCCUUAUCUCCAUAACCUCCAACAUUUCUCUGAUGAAAAAGGGAUGUCCUAACAUACCCACCAAUAUUUCUCCACUGAAAAUAGGGACAUCCUAAAGAAAAGCAUGACAUUCUGGGAUCAAAUCAGAAAUCAGGAUACCUUCCAGAAAUCUGGGAUUCCAGAAAAUGGGAGGAUCUGCCAUUCAUGGGACUCAAGCAAAGCCAUUCUUCGCAUUAGUAACUGAGUCUUGUUAUUUUUUUAUCAGCAGCUGCUAAGCCUCUUUGCUGUUUCUCUGUAAUUUCUCAGCAAAUAUGUUUGAAGUGUACAAUCCAUUUCCCAUUUCCCAUCACAGGUACUUAUUCUUACAGCUUUUUAGUAUAAAGGUGUUUCAGUGCUCAGAUUCACAAUAUGAGUCUGGGAUUUUCUUGCAACUUGACAAUUAAAAAUACUGCAGGAAGUGACCACACAUCGAUUCCUGUAUGAUUCAAUGCACAAAAGGGGUCUUGGGAGUGGGGGCGAUGUGUGUUUGUGUGUGUGGCUUUGUGUUUGCAAGUAUACAGGAAGUGCGGUAAUUUUCUGCACCAUUUAAAAAUGCAUUUUUACUUAAUGUUGUGGAGGUACCAUACUUUGAAGCUGUAUGGUAUUUACUUUGUUAAAGCAAGAUAGCAGUACGGUACUUAGUUCACCGUAUAAGUACUACGUGUAGUCAAACUAGCUUUCUUGAUAGCUCUGCAGAAUAAACCACAAAUCUAGGUUUUUUCCUGAGGUCUGGUUCAAUGGGACAGAUGAGGGUGCACUUCAGCAAAUUGUGAACUGGACUGAAAUCCGCUAACAUUUCUACAUGUGAGUGUUUAAAUCAUUAAUAUGUAUUUAUGGAUGACACAACUAAACAAACAUAUAGACACUUUGCAGUUAAUAAUAAUAAUAAUAAUAAUAGUAAUAAUUUAUACCCUGCCCAUCUGGCUCCAAGUGUCCCUAUACAGUGGUACCUCGCAAGACGAAUGCCUCGCAAGACGGAAAACUCGCGAAACGAAAGGGUUUUUGGUUUUUUGAGUUGCUUCGCAAGACGAUUUUCCCUAUGGGCUUGCUUCGCAAGACGGAAACGUCUUGCAAGUUUGUUUCCUUUUUCUUAAAACCGUUAAUACAGUUGCGACUUGACUUCGAGGAGCAACUCAUAGCACACAGUGUGGUAGCCUUUUUUGAGGUUUUUGAAGACUUUGGUGAUUUUUGAAGCUUUUCCAAAACUUUUCCGACACCGUGCUUCGCAAGACGAAAAAACCGCAAGACGAAAAAACUCGCAGAACGAAUUAAUUUCGUCUUGCGAGGCACCACUGUAUACCUGGGACAUCCUUGAUUUAGAGAAGCCAUUCUGGUUUCUGAUUUGAUCCCAAAAAGUCCCGCUUUUCCUUAGGACGUACCUAUUUUCACCAGAGAAAUAUUGGAGGGUAUGGAGUUAUUCAACUCCCAAGCUGUCUGAAAGCAAUAUUGUAUAGGGAAAUUUUAAAAAAAAUGUUUUAUGUUUUAUUAUGUUAUUAUAUAUGUUGGAAGUUGCCCAGAGUGGCUGGGGCAACCCAGUAAGAUGUGUGGGGAAUAAAUAAAAAUUAUCAUUAUGGAAUGGGCUGUCCCUAUUUUCAUCAGAUAAAUGUUGGAGGGUAUGAUAAGUAGGCCCCAGAAGCUGCUGCACAGUGAUAGAAUUCUCUGUCUUUUAAAAUUCUACAAAGUUCUACCUUUGGCAAGUUUUGAAAGUGUUUUAAAUUCAAAGUUGGUAUUUAGGAUUUCUGUUUAGCAAGAUUUUGAAGCUAACAUUGUAGCUGUUAAAAGACUGUUUAAUUAUCAUUUUAAAUUGGAUUUUAUAUUUGUUUUAUUAUAUUAUUAGGCAUCACAAGACUUUGGGGCAGGCUUUGCAGUAAAUAUGAACAGAUUAUUUUACCACUGUUGUUGUUGUUAUUGUUAUUGUGCCCCACCUUUUCCCUUGACAGGCUGCUUCCUUGAAGUUUUUUUGAAAUGUGUAAUAAUUUCCUGAAGAUAGAAAUCAAGUUAAAUGUAAACCCCUGUCUCCAUGCUGUUGUUGUUAAAAUAUAGGCACUCUGUUUUUCUCUUUGCUAUCCUUACAUAAUCUUGCCAGUCUUUCAGUAUUUUCAGAUAUAAUUCCUGUGUGCUCAGAAUUGUUUGCAUUUUUUCUUUGAGCAAAUGUGGGUGCUUUAAUCUUAUCCUACCAUGCUAUCCCCUCUUUUCCUGUCAUACGUUUGGGAUCAGCUGAUGAUAACAAUGUUUUUCCUUCAAAUACUAAUGUAUGGGAUAUAUUGUGUUUCAUUUUCUUUGUAAGAGCUUGUGUUCUCUGUUGAUUAUGUUACUAGCUGCUACGCCAGUUCCCUACAUGAGGUUGGUCAGCUCAGGUAACCUCAUAACAUAAAUCUACAGUUCUCAGAAUGAUAUAAACCUCAUAUGAUAUAAAUCCAUGGUCAAGACAGCCAAAACUGCUGCUGACAUCAGCAAGGAACUCCAUCAAGGACUUCAAGACUCCUCUACCAGUUGCUAUCAAGUCAGCUGUCUGUGCAAAGAAAUAUAUGGCAGCUCCCAACAUUGCUACCUGCUCUUUUCCUAAUUCUGAAAUCACCCAAACUCAAGCACUUUAUGCAUAGUUUUCUUAAAGUUAAAUAAUUAAAUGGGGGUGGGAUGGGGGCUUGCCAUGUAGCAAUAUGCCCUCAUAGCUCUGUAUCCUGGCCCAACUGCACUGGUAGUAAUUACUGGUAGUAACUACUGGUAGUUUCCGGGCCCAAUUCAAAGUGCUCAUGUUGACCUAUAAAGUCUUACAUGGCUCAGGACUUCAAUACAUUAAGGACCACCUCUCUCCAUACAAAACGACCUGGACCCUGCACACAAGUUUGAGGCCCUUCUCAAUGUUCCUCCUCCCCAAGAGGUUUGGAGGGUGGCAACACAAUAAGGGGCCUUUUUGGUGGAGGCUCCCCAUCUAUGGAAUGCUUGCUGGUGCCAUCAUUACAUGUUUUUAGAAGACAGACAAAAAUGUUCCUGUUUACCCAGGCCUUUGACCAUUAAAUAAUCUAUGGCCUGGUAAAGCUGGGGAGUGGGGGCAGAGACUGUUAUGCCAUUUAUUUUUAUGAUUUUUAAUGUGUUUUUAUUAUUGUGUUCCAUAAAAUGUGUUGCACACCACCCUGAGAUCACUUAAUAAAGGGGCAGUAUAUAAAUAAAAUUAAGGACCUUUCAAGGAUAAAUCAGCUGAUAUCAAAUCUCUUAUAAAACCAAGACAUGAAUAUUAAAGAAAUGCAAGGCUCCAAAACUAAGCUUGAAUUUUGAAUUGUAGCUGUCAGGCACUAAAGAAUCUGCAGAAGACAGAUUCAGGAUUCAAUAUGACCUUAACAGAUUGGAGAACUGGGCCCAAACUAACAAAAUGAAUUUCAAUAAGGAGAAAUGUAGGGUUCUGUACUAAGGCAGGAGUAAUCAGCUGCACAAAUAUAAAAUGGGGGGCACCUAAGCUUACUAGUAGCACAUGUGAUAGCACAGGAUCUAUGGGUCUUAGCAGACCACAAGUUUAACAUAAGUCAACAGUGUGAUGCAGCAGGAAAAAAAGCUAAUGAUAUUCUAGACUGCAUCAAUAAAAGUAUAGUGUCCAAAUCGAGGGAAGUAAUAAAAGGUAAAGGGACCCCUGACCAUUACGUCCAGUCAUGGACGACUCUGGGGUUGCAGCGCUCAUCUCGCUUUAUUGGCCGAGGGAGCCGGCGUACAGCUUCCGGGUCAUGUGGCCAGCAUAACUAAGCUGCUUCUGGCGAACCAGAGCAGCGCACGGAAAUGCCGUUUACCUUCCCACCGGAGCAGUACCUUUUUAUCUACUUGCACUUUGAUGUGCUUCCGAACUGCUAGGUUGGCAGGAGCAGGAACCAAGCAAUGGGAUCUCACCCCGUUAUGGGGAUUCGAAUCACGACCUUCUGAUCAGCAAGCCCUAGGUACUGUGGUUUAACCCACAGUGCCACCCACGUCCCUAAGGGAAGUAAUAGUCCUGCUCUAUUCUGCCUUAGUCAGACCACACUUGGAAUACUGUGUCCAGUUCUGAGCACCACAGUUUAAGAAGGAUAUUGACUGUCUGGAACAUGUGCAGAGGACGGCAACCAAGAUGAUCAAGGGUAUGGAAACCAACUGAAGGAGCUGGGUAUGUUUAGACUGGAAAAGAGGAGACUGACAGGAGAUACGAUAGCCAUCUUCAAAUAUCUUAAGGGCUGCCACAUGGAAGAUGAAGCAAGCUUGUUUUCUCCUGCUCUGGAGGAUAGGACUCGAAACAGUGGAUUCAAGUUACAGGAAAGGAGAUUCCCACUAAAAAUCAGGAAGAACUUUCUGACAGUAAGAGCUGUUGGAUAGUGGAACAGACUCCCUCAGAAGCUUGUGGACUCUCCUUCCUUGGAGGUUUUUAAGCAGAUCCAACCUCUGCUUAAAAACCUCCAGUGGUUCUCGGCUCAAGUGAUGGGGCUAGGCAAGGAGACACAGACAUUCUUGUGGGUGGACUGGGUCUACUUGCAUCCUUGCAUAUUUCUGAUGGGGAUCAUCCCAUCUUGCAAGCUGAAAUGCUUGCACUGACAGAUCAAUUGCCAUUGCACUACAUUAAACUUCUCCCAAUGGGUUCUGCUUCCAACUAAAUACGGCUAUGGGAUGUUUUAUAAGUAUUAAUGUGAGCUUUACAUGUAUUUUAUCACUUAUUGCUAUCAUAUGCUUUGUUUCAUGGUCAGUGCAAUUAAAUAAAAAUAAAGUGUAAAUUAAUUUUGACUUUGCUUUGCUGAAGUUCAUAGUACUACUUUCAUAGCCUUUUGCCUUACUGUGUUGUCCUUGGUGCUGAAAUUGCUUUUGCAUCUAAACAGCAAAUUGUAUUUAUAGGGCUAUAGAAUGUGAGAUAAAUCUAGCUGGUCAAAGAGAUUGGAAAGGAAGGUGGAGGUUACAUAAUUUUUUAAAAAUUGAUUAUGACUACUAGGCUUCGAUUCCAAGCCUUGUGUAUUUUUGGACUGUUUGCAGAUCUGUAUAUAAAGCUACUUCUGUUUUGACAUAUGACCUUGCUUGUAUAGAUUGUGGAUCAGAUUUUUUUUCUCAUUUAGUGCAACAGCAACUAAUUAUGAGAAUGACAAUGUGUCUUUCAUUAUUUUAAAGCAGUCACUGAAUUACACACACAAAAAAGGUUUAAAUUAAAGUGAACUUUACUAAGGCAAUUUUGCUGUGAAAGUGAUACAUUCAAUGUGGAAGUGAGACAGAAUUUCUCUUUUCUCCUUUCAUGAUAUGAACACAGUUUUCUAAGACUGGCAUUUCUUUCUUUCUUUUCUUUUCUGUUUUUUAACCUUUCAUGCUAAUGUGGACUGGAUGGUAGACCAAUGAUUUUUUUUCCUAUGGAACUGUUUUGACAUUCUUAGUAUUUUUGUAAAUAUCAAAGAAAGGACAAAAACUGCAAUUUUAUUGCAUUAAUAUUAAUAAUAAUUUAUCUGCCAGGAAAACAUUUAAAUAUCACUUGACAUUUACAGAGAAAGAUUAAUGUUUAAUUUGCCACAAACCCUGAAAUACAUUGAAAUAAAAGAAACUGCUUCUGUAUUUGGUAAAAGGAAAUAACAGAAAAAAGCUAGUCACUUGAAAAUAGUCUAAUCAUAAGGGAGGACCAAAAUAUAUUUCAAAAUGUCAGUAUUUUAAAAGUAUAUGGGUGGAAUGGAGGGAAAGAGGAUCUCACUAAUGUGAUAAGCAUUUAGAAAUAAUGAAAAAUAUCACAUAAGAAGAGCAAAGGGGAUACAACUAAGGAAAUAAAUUGUAAAUAUCAUCUAUUAUGUAAAGAAACCAGCCAAAUGUGACUAUUCCAAUGCCAUAUGAUAUUUUAAACUACAAUGCAAUAUAUCAAGCAUCCAAACAAAUUUAGCAACACCAGCAAGAAAAUAUUCCAUUAUAAAUUCCUGGAACAGAGACUAGGGUGCGGAUAAAAAGAAGGGUCCCUUAUGCAUCUGUUAUUUAGUCUGUGCUACUACACUCCACCCCUAGGUCACCUCAUCAAAUCCCAUGGCUCUCUGUACCACCUGAUACUUGGUAUGCCCAGAACUUUAGUCUAAUCCAGUUCAGUAUCUCUAGCUGCCUAUUGGAUAAUUUUCCUUAGAUAUUUCAUCACUUUGUCAAGUUCACUAUGUUCAGCAAUGAAAUACUUAUCUUUUCUCCCAAGCCUCCCUUCUCUUUAUACUCUGUGUAUCAAUUAAUAUCAUGACCCACUCUGCUAAACAUGCACAAAGCCUUGGCUUUGCCCACAGUUCCUUUCUCUUCUUUGUUCGUUAUAUUCAUAUAGUCAUGUCACAUCUUCCUUUUCAACACUGCAAAAAUACAGCCUCAUGCACAUGUCAUCUUUCACAUUGACUAGUGUCCUUCUGCUUUCUUCAGAGGAAGCUUGUCAGAUGGUUAAUGGGUGCCCCCAUGUCCUGUGCACACCCAGCCAAGGAAGGCAAAUGGCAGAUAGUUAAUUCUUUCUUGACAAAAACAUACACACCUAUACAGCAGCUUCUAAGGUCUACCACAUGCAAGCACAAUUUUAACUUCUAUGUAGCUGUUUUCCGGGACACAGGUGGCACUGUGGGUUAAACUACAGAGCCUAGGACUUGCCAAUCAGAAGGUUGGCGGUUCAAAUCCCCAUAACGGGGUGAGCUCCCGUUGCUCGGUCCCUGCUCCUGCCAACCUAGCAGUUCAAAAGCACAUCAAAGUGCAAGUAGAUAAAUAGGUACCGCUCCGGCAGGAAGGUAAACGGCAUUUCCGUGCGCUGCUCUGGUUCGCCAGAAGCAGCUUAGUCAUGCUGGCCACAUGACCCGGAAGCUGUACGCCGGCUCCCUUGGCCAAUAAAGCGAGAUGAGCGCCGCAACCCCAGAGUCGGUCACGACUGGACCUAAUGGUCAGGGGUCCCUUUACCUUUUAGCUGUUUUCCAGGUUUGUGUCUGCUAAAGCAGUUUUAAAAGCAACAGUGGGUCCCUGCCCCAGGCUUCUGUACCCUUGUCUGAUGGAGUGCACACAUGCAACCUGAGACUUCUGCACAGAAAUCAUUGUUGUGCCUCCCUCUUCAAGCCCCUCCUGGUUCUAAGAAAUAACUGUCACGAUCCAUUCCAGAUAAGGAAGACACACGUCUGAUAGUUAACUCUUUAUUAGCAAGAGAAACACUGCAGCUUCCAUGGUGCUCUGGAUACACACACUCACACGCUUCUAGCCUGAAUGCAGCUGUCCACAGGUCUGGGCCCUAUGAAGCAGUUGCAGCAACAGUGUGGCACCACCUCCCCUCCUCUGGCUUAUAUACCCUUCUCUGACAGGUUGCGUGUCCACAACCUGAGACUUAUCCUGCAUUGAAGUCAUCCAUCCUCUUCCCUUUUCCAGUCCUUCCUGUUUCUAGGAGACAGUGGGGUGAGCGAAAAUCUACUGACCCUCGCCUGAACCAUCCCUUCUUCCUCUGCCACAUUCUAUGUGUCUUCCUCUGCCUCAGACUGCCCUGAUUCUCUCUCCUUCCCCAGGCUCUUGUCUUGUGGGUUGUGUGACACUCCAUAAAUCACUGGUCCCUUCUCCUGGGUCACUCCCCUGGUUGCCUGCCUCCACCACACUCUCUUUAGAACCCUGCCAGUCCCUGACAACAGUGGGGCCAGAUACAGUUGAGAUUUGACUGGCCUGCCCCCCACCUGGACAGCCUCUUCCUCUGCUUCCAACCCACCCUGUGCCCCUAGCUCCAUCUUUGACUGCUUGACCUUUCCCCUCCCCUGUCCCCUUCCCCAAGGGCAUGAAAUGGGAAAGGAAUGGUGGGAGGCCUGUUGAAUGUCAGGGAUGAGGGGAUAGUCCUACUCCUGCUUUGAUGGUUGGGGUGAAUGAGCAGUAGAGCUAAAUCAGGGACCAAAAAGACGAAUGAACUGGCAGCUGCUUUGCUUUCCUUGGUUGCUGCAGCCACCAUUCUGUGGAUCCAUCCUUUCACAUGUUUAAGGAUCUGUAAGGAUCAUGGGCAGUGGGAACAGGGCUCCAGGAGGCAGUUGAUGGUUUGGAGAGAUGGCAGAGAGAAUGGGCUACCCCAUUUGUAUAAAAGUCAGGGAACCACAUUCUUUUUUAAAAGUACCUCAUUUAUAAUUCUCAUCAAACAGUAAGAACAAUAGGAGUGUAAGAUAAAAACCAAGGGCCUUCAGCCACUUUCUCCAAAGGCCUGUGAAAACAGAUAAAUUUUAACUUGACAGAAUCCCCAAAUUAUAGUUGCGCCCUAUACCUUCUGGCUGGGUGCCACAAUUUUAUUCAUUUAUUUAUAUAACAAAUAUACUGCCUAUAGUGAAAAUCUUAAAACAGUUUCAUGUAAAUUGCUUGAUCACACAAUUGCAGCAUUUGGAACAACUGGUCCCCUUUUUCAGCAACUUAGAUGCAUGUUCGUUGAAUAUUUAUUAAUGUUUUCCCUCCCUUUUGUAGGAGUGUUGGUGGUGAAGCAGUUAGGCUUUUACUGGGAAAGCAAUACUUUGUAGGACCCCAGAGGGGGAAACAAAGUGGGAUAGAAGCUUUUAGAUGUUUAGCUAGAUCUAUGACUUCCAAGAUUUUGUCUCCAUUACAGACUUGGCUGUACUUGGUUCAUAAGAAUGUUUUGUGACUUAAGAGCAACAGAAAGCUCCAAAUAUACUCUAUGCACCUCAAGAGAGCAUGGUGAUAAUGGUGACAGUAUCUGCAUCCCCAUAGGGGACAACUCCAUCUACUUACGUACACCAAGAAUAGGUGUUUUGUUUUGUUUUUUACAGAUGCUUUCUGAAUAGUGGUGUAUAUGGUGAAUAUGAUUUUUUUAAAAAGUUUUAUUCCUUUUCGUAAUUUUGUUGUCUGAAAAAAUGGAUUUGACUGCUUCCCAUCACUGUAUUUAUCUUUUUUCAUGAGUAAAAAAAUGAAAUGUGUCACAUGGUUCUCUGGGAAAAUAUUUUUAAAGACUUUUUUUGAGAAGUUUCCGCUUUCACUUAGAAUAUAAUCUAUAUAAUUGCUUCAUUUUAUCAUCUCAGUUUUGUUAUCUUUUCAGUAGCAUUCAGCUGAUGGCCCAUUCUAGAAUGAACAUUAAAGUUCAAUGCUUUUUUAAAAAGUUUAUUUGAAAACAUAGAUUAAUUCUGCUUGGCUAUCUUGAGCACAAUUUCAGACUCCGAGCUCUGUAAAUGAUGUAUGUAUUAUGCAAUUCUGCACAUUUGUUCCCAGGUUGUUUUUAUUUAAGGGUUUUGUAUAGAUUGAAAUGCAGCUGCAAGUGUAUUAAUGAUUUUCUAUUGCCAUCUUGUCCAGAUUUUUAUUGUUCAGAUGAAAAAUAGUAUUUUGAGGCCUGGCAAUGUAUUGACAAAAACAGAGGAGUACUUUAUAUAUUUCUUUUGAAAAACUACUCAAAAUUGCCUUGGCUAAUUCUAUUCACGUGUAUUUUAAAGAAUGGAUUAACUGUGAGCUUUCAGUUAAGGUUUAAUUCUUUUUUCUUCUGUUCACCAUGGUGCUCACUUUUCUCUAUUUAGUCAAACCAGAAUUAUAUUCCUGCAAGCAAGGCACACAAUAGCCAAAUGUUCUAGGUGCAAAAGAGGGCAUCUGACCUUUUGUUACUAAGCUUUGACAGGUGCAACCUAUUUUCGUCCAAAUGGUGUUAAUUUGCGUGUGCAAAUUCAUCCCCUGAAAUCUGUAUUCUGUAUAGCAACCACAGGGGAAUUGAUCAUAAUCAUGAAUAGUGUAAUGGACAGCUGAGAGAGAUAAUUACUGAUAUUUCAACACAUUCAUGCCUGCAAGUUGGAUUUUUGAGUACACUCCUGUUUUCAUUGCUUGUUAGGGAAGCUGAAGUUAGUUAUUCAUUGCUGGACAAAAAAAGGUGUCUGCAAAAGUUCAUGUGCAAGGAAUAGCACAUUGUUACAAAUUAGUUUCCUUUACCAUUUCUGGCAAACUCAUUACAAAGUAAUCGUGACCUGUGUUGAAGUGCACUUCCUCUGGGACCAAUAACUGUAAAUAAGCAGGGCUGCAAGCUGGCUGAUAAGUUGUUGUUCUGAAGAUAACAGUCCUUUUUAGCAGUGUGUUUGACCUUUUUCCUUUAUAUUGCCUGAGGCUUGUCAAAGACCCUCAAGGUCUAUUUUUCAUCUUAAAAUUCUCUGUAGAAAAGCACAAUGUGUGGUUUAAGAAGAUUUUAGGAUUGCUUAACAUAUCUGUGUUUUCUUGCAUUUUUAUAAUAAUUGUUGGCAUACUUAAAAACUCCAGCUAGCAUUUACUGGAACAGGAUUUCUUUUGUCCUGAAAUGCAGCCUUUCUUAUUGAUCUAGGAUGCACCAUGUUUUAGUAUUUGAUGAAGAGUUAAGUUCAUAUUGUAGGUUAAAUAAAGUGGUAGUAAUCAUGUGUGUGUGUGUAUUCCUAGUGACAUUCAUCCUUAGAAUUAGUUUACAGUGUUUGUAUUUUAAAUAUGUUACAGAACAUUAUUCUGAGGAAGUUGUUCUUUGUGAAUUCCAAUGUGAACUGACCUGAUCCACACCUCAGAGACUAAUGUGCAAAUCAGAGUGCAGUUAUCCCUCAUAUUUCACAUUUUCCUGAAUUUUGUAGUGCAGUUAUUGACUCAAAAAAGUACCAAAAUGCAUAUGAAAUGCAUAUUAUAUGAUAAAAUGCAUCUAGAAAUGUAAGAAAUGUUCAUAAAUAUUUAUUUAGACACAGACCUGUAUGCAGUUAGGAGUAAAGUUGAACUUAGUCCUAAGUAAACAUGCAUAAAAUAGUACUAUAAAUUAUUAACCUCUUAUUGCAGAACAGAUUGAUAUUCUUUUUUUACAAAAAAAUUCUCCUCGAUACAAUAGACAUAUGGAAUAAAAUAUUAAUCUUUUAAUACAUAUAUGUUGUUGUUGUUUAGUCGUUUAGUCGUGUCUGACUCUUCAUGACCCCAUGGAGCAGAGCACGCCAGGCACUCCUGUCUUCCACUGCCUCCCGCAGUUUGGUCAAACAAUACAUAUAUAGUUUCUGUUUAAUAGUUUUUAAUGCUUUUCAGUAAAAAUAACUAUUUUAUUCUGUUCAGGGUACCAUUAUUUUUUUUACAAUUCUUUUAAAAUUAAAAGAUGAAAAUUAAAACCUAGUUUUAAAAAUCCCACUAUAUGCUAAACAAGAUUUUAUUUAAAAACUACUUUCUAACUUUAUAUCAUAAGCUUAGUAUAGGUAUUCGUGAUCCUUUCAGUUAAUUAAUCUACAGUUAUUGGCCACUCUAUUUCUGCCACCAGCAGAAUGAUUCUUUAUUACGGGUGAUGUUUAUGGGCACAGCCAAGGUGGGACAGGGGGCAAUCAAGUAAAACAACGAACAAACUUUACUGAGGUUCUGCCCCCCAACGUAAAGCCUGCCCCCCCCCAACAUAAAUCCUGGCUAUGCCCAUGACAAUGUGCUGAACUUUGUCAUUACUUUUCUUUUGAAUAUGAAUUUACCUAACAGAAUGCUCAGAUGUACUAAAAAUUAAAUGUCAUUUCCUGCAAAAGUAGUUGCGUGGACAAGCGGAGUCCCCAGAUCCUGAGCGGUCCCCCCCCCCGUCAUGUGAAAUAACGACUCAAGAUAAUGUGCUAUGACAUGGCCAGGAGGUGCUCCCCUGUAUACAAUGAAUAAACUCAUCUGCCCUCACUUAUUCAUUGGCUCUUGAUUUGCUGAUCUUAUAUUUCAAUAAAUAUAACCAUUCUGCCAAUAUGUUGGCUCUAGAGGCUUCUUCAGGAAUGUGUGGGCUGUCCUGAGUAAGGCAUUGUGAACAUUGUUAUACUGUAAACAGCUCAUCUGGAAAGACAAAUACACUUUAUUUUAUUUUUUAGAAAUGAAACAGCCAACAGUUGUGGAUUAGAAUUUGCCAUACAACUUUACUGAGUCUUUUGGUAGAAUAUUUCUCUAAGAGAGGUAUCACUGAUCAAAGGGCUUUUCUGGAAUGUGUUAACAUAGCAUUCUGUUUUCUAAUAUUUUUUUAGGUAACCUUGGACGUGUGGACUAUAUUACUGAAUUUGAGUAUGACCUGUUUAUCAGACCAGAUACAUGUAAUCCCCGUUUUCGAGUCUGGUUCAAUUUCACAGUUGAAAAUGUGAAAGAAUCUCAGGUAAGUGCAAUUUAAAUGAGAAUGAAGUAAACUUUUGCUUGACAACUAGAAAUGUUCUGAAUAUUUAGAUAGCUGUUAUUUUCUGGCUGUUCUGUAGCUGAAUUAGAGAUGGCCUGUACUAAAUUGUUGCUAUUUAGACAUGUUAAUUUGACAAGAAACUUGUUUCCUAGGUGGUAAAACGUGUCUCUCUCAUAUAUGCUGGGCUGAGUAAGAUAUUUGGCUAAAAGAUACCUUAAACUGGGGCUGAAGAUCUCAUGCUAUGGUUACUGCUAAUCUGUCACUCCUAGCUGCUUGCCUCAAACCAGUGUACCAGCUGUCUAGGAGAUAAGUUAACUGAUCUACUUUUAAACCAGUUUUUCCUAUUUAUACUUCUGUCUGUUGGUAACUAGCUUGUUGUACUCCAAUACACAUUAUAAUGGGAUGUAGGAGGCAUUCUCAGCUUCCUUUUAUGGUUCACUUCUUAUCUCUGCCUUGGUUGUCCCUUAACGAACAGAUAUGUGCAUUCACAAACAGCCAAAGUACAUGGGUUGUAUUCAGCUCCUUUGUGGGCAUGUUUGUGCUUGGCUCCAAGAGAGUUUUCGUUUUGCUAUGUUUAAGAUUUAAGACACCAUUUUAGCAGAGCACCUAGUUGAGCACUUUGCCAUUUCUUAUUGAGCACAGAUGAAAUGUCAUCUUGGUAAAAAAUUCCAGUAACAUUUUUAGAAAGGAACUAUAAACAAUCCACAUAUGGAUGCCUUUGUGAACUUUUUCUGUAAUGUUUUCUUUUUGUACAGUUACUGGGUUUUAAAAACACACAUAAUAUUUUAAUAGAAAGACACCAUUUUCCUUACGCUUCCAAGAAGCAUAAGACUAUCCUAGCACAAAUUCUUAUGAAAGAUCAAUUGCAUGUCGACAACCUUGCCUUCAUGCUCAUCUAGUAGCUGUAUGUUAUAGAAAGUGUGUCUGUGGAUAGUGGUGGAGGCAGAUCAUAGGGCACAUGAGUUAAGGUUAAGAAAUGUCUCCUUGGACUGCACAAGAGCCAAUGGACAACUAAUUGUAAGGGGUGAAAAUGGGAGAAAGAUGUUUGAUUAGAGAACAAGAGCAACACAGUGUAAUAGUAUAAAUAAAACCCAGGAAAAUGUGACAGAUCUUAAAUAUUGUCUGUCUGCUUGGCAUGUAGAGGUCCUUCAGUUGGGAAAAAUUCCUCCCCGGCCCUGAAUUCAUCAACCAUAAAACCAUAGCAAAGUCAAGCAAAGCACAACACAAGUAAAAGGGGCGCCAACCAUGAGAUAAGGGAGGGUGGAUGGAAGAUCCUAAAAGCCCAUUGCAGUCCCUAGCAAAGGUCAGGGCAGUUUUUAUGCCCAGGGAGCAGACCUGAAUGAAGUCUUCUAAGAGUCUUUGUCAGACCCGCCCCCCAGGCUCAACCCCUUCACCCACCUGUGAUUGGCCAGUUGUGCCCAGUGGACAAAUUUGAAUCCAAUAGCUGGUGGGAGAGGUUGUUGCUUCUCCCGUCAGCUGUUGGAGCCUGGGACUGAAGAGCCUGGGACCACUGGAUGGCAGUGGGGCUGUGCCAGGCCAUAUAUACCACUUUACCUUCAAGCAGGUGAGUGGAUGUUGUCCAGAUUUAACCCAGUGAUACUACUUUGCUUUUAUUCCACAGUUCUUUCCUUAAUGUACAUUUUGUCAGUACUAAUAUGGCCCAGCUGUUCACAAUAUGUAGGUCUGUAUACAUGUAUGUCUGUGCAUGAUUUUGUAUCAUUAUGUCUCGCCUGAAAAAAUCCCAUAACUAAAAUAACAUUUUAAUGGAAGAAUUAUUCAAUAAUAAUUCCUCUUUUAUAUGACUAUUCUAUGUUACAAGGAAAAAACCAUGAAAUGUGUUAUCAAAAUUUGUGGCGCUGCAUAGAUGAUUGGUCCCAUUCCCCUGUUUUGUUCCUUAGUCAACAAUGAUGAGAUUGUAAAGCCAUGAGAUGAUUGAGUACCUGUCUCAAUGAGCACCAAGAUCUCAUGUAGAGAUACAAUAUAUAUCUAGAGUUCACAGGAUAUUUGUUUUCAUGGUUGUAUACAUGAAAAAGAAUGGGUUUACUAUUAACUUUGACUUGUGAGGUCUGUUUUUAUAAUAUGUCUUCCUGCAAUCUGCUUUUUUUAUCUCUCAAAUUUCCGUUAAAAUGAGUCCUACAUGAAUAUAAUGAAAUCUUAAGCAUCUCUCAGACUGGGCACCACCAGACACUGCAACCUUAGUGUAUUAAAUAAAUGCUACAAAUUGUUGUAUCAAAUGUAUGUGGUGUGUUUUUUAUUAACUAUAUUGUGUCAUAUAAGAAACAUAUUGUAAAAGUCUCUUUGUUGUAUUCUGAACAGGUUGUAAAAUCAUUUUAAGUGAUUUAUUUAAGAUUAUAAAAUAUAAUUGCACCUUCUUCAUAACCCCUCCUUAAUGGCAUUAGAGCUGCAGUCCAGUUCAUAGUUAAGCAUGUUUAUAUGUCAUUAUUUCAGUGUAGUAGGUCUUGAUUAACUUGAUAUAACAUACUUACGAUAAGCUUACUUAUUGAUGUUACAUUUAUUAUUGUUAUUGAUGUGGCACAGAAAAUGUAAAGAAAGCAAACUAUGUUUUCAAUAUCAUUAAUCCACCUGUGAUACCCGUAUACAAUUGUAUGGCCUGCUACAGUGAUUUGAUGAGAUUCUAUCAUGAAGAGUUUGCAGUCCUUUGACAAGGAUAGCUUUGCAUAGAUUUUUGUUUGUUGCAAAGGGCUGAACUCCGCAAGAUCCCUUUACAACUCCAAGUCUAUAAUUGUUUAAUUGCAAAAUUAAACCUACAAAGCGAUUACUUAAAAGAAAAACUUUUUCACAAAUAUACUGCCCUGGGUUUUAACAUAAGGAAGUUUCCUGCCCCCUCCUCCCCUCUGCAUCUAUUUGUGCCCUUGAAACAGCUGAUAAACAAAGGUCUCUGUGCCUAAACUGACUUUUAAAGUUAUUCCUGGUGUGGCUAGAGAAAAGCUUUUCUCCCUUUCCCACAACAGUAGAACAUGUGGACAUCCAGUGAAGCAGAAUGUUAGAAGACCUGAGACGGUCAAUCCAGAGCAUCAUCUACUCUGAUUGCCCAUCACCAGCAUGUGUCCUGACAGAUUCACCUAGAUUUGUUUGCUUUGUUUUCUUACCAAAAAUUUAAGCUGUUUCAAGCUGAAAUUGAAAAGUGUUUGGGAAUAGUUUCUGUAUAUUACAUUCCCAUGUUAUGAAAAACUAUCCUUUUAUUACGUCUCAACACUGGAGGAUGGACAAACAAACAAACGAAUGAAUGAAUGAAUGUGAUUAGUGUUCAUUAUGAGCAGUUUUGUCCCUUGUAACCUUCUAUUCCUGAAUUGAUAAAUGUUGUAUAUGAUUGCAUUAUUUGUUUGCUACUCUGUGUGAAAUGUAAAUUAAAUGCAGAAUGAAGCAGUGAUAUCUAAGAGUUUUAGACAUGCCUCAUAUUUUAUAUAGAAAUAUCAGUUCCAUACAUACACCAUUGUUCUAAAAUGCGUAACUUUGCAGUUGUGGAAACUUUUGCAGGUUAAUAAUCUUCCAAGUAGGAUUCUUUCAAGUAGAGACAUUUCUUUUGAAUCAUUACAAUGUAAUGCACAGUAAGCAUUUUAUGUAAUGCUUCCUUAACAUGUUCCAGCUUUUAGAAUAUAAUUAAUAUGGAUUGACAUAGACAAAAUUGUGUUAAAUUUAUACACUUAAUUUCUAAUGUCUAUGAAACCAUCUUAGUUGCCAAUUUUUUGAAAUUACAGCAAGCAUAUUCAUACUUUUGAUUGUUACACUGAUGUUUCUUGAGUAGAAUCUAAAUAGCCAGGUGUGUUUACUUACUUAAUAUGAUGACAUCUGUCAAUCAGAAUGUCAAUAUUCUGAAUAGUACAAACAAGAAGGAUGCUUUGUUGUAAUUAUCAUGAUAUUAGUGAUGUGACACAUUUAGUUUUGCUUCUAUUUAGGAACUUAUUUGUAGCAUGCUUUUCAAGUCACACUUGUUUUUGGCAACUGGCAGACCUUAGGACAAAUCCAGCAUACAGAAAAUACUGCUGCAAUAUCCCACUUUAAGCAUUCACAAUUUCUCUUUCUCUUUUCUUACUACUUCUCUCAUAUUCUUCUUUCUAGGGGUUUGGUACCACCUACGGUAUAUAUGAGUUUUAGAGUCUUAAUAAUGGCUAAAGUUUUCUGAAGCAUUGACCUUAACUAUGGUUAAUUCUAACCAGGCUUCAUUAUUAUUCAGAGUUUGAAAUCAUGUUUGAAGAAUAGAGAGUGGGAGUAUGUAGCUAUUACCUGUAAGUGCCUUACAUUCACUUUGGAUCA